UGCCCAUAAUUAUUAUAGAGUUACCAUACUCACUGCUUGUUUUAUUUGGAGAGAUUUAGGAUAUACCUCUGCUCUUAACCCAUUAGGUCAUGCGUAAUGAUGCCCAGCUAACUUUCUCCCAAGAGAAUAUCUAGAAGGACUGUAAAGGCAUGCUCUGCAGAGUAGGUUUACACUGCCCAUUCCUCCUCUUCUUCCCACUGUAUUGGCACUGCCGCAUGGUGACCCGAGGACCACCCUGAAGAGAAGGAGGGCUCUACAAUACUGGAAAGCUGUGUGAAUGUUAAUACUUGGUGGGGACACUCAGACCAGGAAGAGCAAACAGACACAUCCACAGCUGCUAUACAACUACAACUCUCAUGAUCCUAUACUAUCCUUGAAUGUUUGAAAGCAGUGAAGAGUUUGUUUUAAUACAGCUGUACUAUACCGUAUAAAAAGAGUAAAUCACAGCACCAAGAAUCAGAUGGAAUAUGCCAUAUCAUGGAUUAUCUGAAGAUUUGGGACAGUCGUGAAGAGGAUGGAUGUUAACAUUAAUGACGACACUAUUCCUUUUGUAAAACGCUCACAGACAGUACACAGAUCUCCUGCAGAGCCCAUUCUCCCUAGUGCUGCAUUGUGUUCCACAGAGGAGCCCUAUGGGCCAGAAUUCUGGGCCAGACUGAUCAGGCAGCCUAGCAUCCAUUUUAUGAGGGAACAAACAGAUUUUAAGAUGAGCAGUUAUCCCGUGUGCAGAGAGGAGGAAGACUGGCGCAGCCUAUCUGUCUCAGGAUUAGAGACUCUCCCCUCUCCGGCUGAAUUAUGUAGAAAAAGGAGAAAGAAGAACAGCCAGCGUGUAACAGAGAGAAGAGUCUUGGCUGUCUAUCAGCAUCUCCAAGAGCUCAGGAGUAAACAGAGCAGCCUUGAACAGUUGAAGUCAUUGAAAUGGGGUGGAUAUGAGAAAUUAGAGAACAGAAGCCAGUCUGGAAUACAAAAUGUAGAAACCGACAGCAAUGUCCAAGAGAUGAAGAACUGUGUCACGUUCCUAGACAUGUCAUCUCGUGCAGAAGAUCAGCAGACAUGCUUCCCUAGAAGCUCCCCCUUACAUAGCAGGACCGGGGACACUUUUCCAUGGCUGAGCCCUGCGCGAGACACUCCGAGCAGCCCGUGGCUUGACGACGAAAAUAUGGCUGGGAGUCCGGACACACAUUGGUUGUGUGAAUUUUUGGAUGAGGAAUAAUCAGACGCUCACCCCACUACUAACAUUUUUUAUUGCAGCCACGUCAGCAUGUCUACUAACCACUAGUUAGACUAGUUAUACAUUUAUAACCGCUAGUUAGACUUGUUACACAGGUUUAAAUAUUAGACAACUUAUAUGAUUUUAAACACUAGUUGGAUUAGUAAAGUGUUUUAAAACAUUAUUCAGAGAAGUUAUAUAAUUCUAAACACUUGUUAACUAGGUUAACACAAGUUUAAUAAAGUGAUUGUAUGUAAGUUAUAAUUAUAUAUGCACCUUGCUUCAGUCUCAUUGUAACGUGAGAGUACAGGUUGAAAAAGACAAGUCCAUCACGUUUAACCUUUCACACAUUACUGAUGUUGUUUGAAAUAAAGAUAAAACUAUUUUAAAUUAA